UCUGGGCCCGAGAUGCGCAGGAUCGAGAUGGCCGACUUGCCCUUGCCCGUCGCAGGCGCGAAGAUGGUGGGGAGGCGGAAAGAAGGAGGGGGAGGAGGCGGUGCAGGUCGAGACGAGGCGGGGCGAGUGUGGGCGACUCGCGGCGAGCUAUAGCUGCCCUGGCAGGUGCAGGGGAGCCGUGCAGAGGCCGUAAGCGCUCGCAGCAUGACGAGAGCUGGUGCACAGCUGGUCGAGGCCGGCGACGACGACCAACGUUCCUCAUUCUGCUCAUUCACACCGCCGAGCGAGCUCUGCAAGGCCCGCUGCCUGCUCUUCUCUGCUUCCUCGCCGCCUGCCCCAGCGCACGACCCGCCCCGACCUCACCUCGCCAGCUCCCGCCUCGUCCAAUUCCCCAUCUAUGAGCGGCCGACGCUGCUUCAUCGACUUUGCUGCGGGCGACGCCGACGCGCACAAGGUCGAGCUGAGCCGCUAUCAAGCGCUCGCGCGGUGGCUCGAGGCGAGCGGAGCUAAGUACGGGCUCGCGCGGCGGCUCGACGAGUUGGACGAUGCGGCGAGGGAGACUCUCGUCGCCGUGUACGAGGGCGAGACUCAGAUCGUCCUCACCCCUGCCGACCUCUCGCCCCCGACCUCGCUCCUCCUCCCUCGACUGUACCUCCAGGUCUCGUCCUCGCCCGGCCUCAAGAAGACGUCGGCCAGCUUUCUCGCGCUCCUGACAGACGAGAAGAAGCUCGUGUCGAAGCGCGCGCCCCAUCCGCCUUUGCGGUACCGCGGCACGCCCGUCUUCCGCCUCGACAAAGGGUUCGUCGCGCAGACGGGCGACGUGACGAGGCAGGACGGGUCUGGCGGCGAGUCGAUCUACGGCGGCACCUUCAACGACGAGAAGGACGGGCUCAAGAUCCCGUUCCAGCUCGGCACCGUCGCCAUGGCCAACUCGGGCAAGAACUCCAACACGUCCCAGUUCUUCGUCACUCUGACGUCCGACCCGGUCAAGCUCAAGAAGCUCACGGGCAAGUACGUCGCGUUCGGCCAGGUGGACCUCGAAGACGACGGCUCGCGAGCGUGCCUCGAGCGGCUCGACGCGCUCGCGGACGGCAGAGAUGGGACGGCGGUCAAGGUCUGGAUAGACGACUGCAACGCUGUCGCGUAGAGCCUAC